AUGAUGAACAGAGUGUUCAAGCGACGACAACCAAAGAAAUUUGUUAGUUUUAAAUUGUUUUAUGCUGCUUUAGAUAUUUAUGUGGAUUAAUUGUGUUUUUAAAGUAUAGUUAGAGGUUUUAGAAGGCUUUUUAAUCUUCAUGAGUUAGAUUUUUGGCAUUUAACAUUGAUAUUGUUUUAGGUAUAAGUGUGGUCAACUGAUUUUGCAUCAAUAUUUAGGUAGAAACUUGGAGUCUUUGUUGUUUUUGUUUAACGUGUAACAUAAUUAUAAAAAUUACCAUGUUUUAUUAAUAUUAUCUUAUUUUUUUGUAAAAGUAUCAAACUUUAGGUAAUAGAUAUUGUUUCAGACUGAUUUCAAUACUAAACCAUCUCAAAGAGUCAAGAUGUCGUUACGAGUACGCGACAAUAAUCAGAUCAACGUGGACAACAACAAUUUGAUUCCCCAGGGUCGAGCGUUGAAGAGAUCUGCGGAGUUUCAAGUGUUGAAGCUAUGUGAAGAUGAACCUGUCGCAAAGCGACCAAUCAAGGCUGGCGAGUGUGAGGUAAGUGUUAGGUCAUGUUGUUGUUUCUAGAGUUUUUUUAUGUCUAUUUGACCUUAAAAUCGACAUGAUUAUAUUUAAUCAAAGCCAAUACUAAGCAUUUGACAGUGUUUUUGUUAUAACUUUGGUAGGCAGGUAAAUAGAUUUGAAACUUUGUUAAUUUUAAGCUAGAAACUAGUUUGACCUCCUAUAUUAAUAUACUUUUUCAGGCCAUCUCUUCUUAUCAAAUUGACGCGAUCAAAAAGAAUUCAACAACCAUUUUGUCGUUAAGGAAGAACAAGUUUGAGAGACUACUCCCGUUGAAAGAUGUAUUUGAUGCUGAGGAAUUGGAAGUGGACCCUUGUCCGGGAUUUGACUUUGAUAAGGAGAAUUCAAAUGAUCCAAACUCUGUCUCAGAAUUUGCUUGUGACAUAUUCAAGUACUUGAAAUGGCGGGAGGUAAGGUUUUAACUCGUUUUGUAUUGUAGGUCUAAAUCAAGCGUCUGUAUGUAGUAUCAGAUUGAAUUAAUUUUUGCUAUUUUCUAUUUUUCAGCCGCAUUUCAUGCCGACCAAUUACAUCGGAAGGCACAAGUACUUGAAUGGUAAGAGUCGUGCUGUGCUAGUCGAUUGGCUCGUCGAGGUUCAUGGGGCCUUUAAACAAAAUCAUGAAACAUUGUACAUGGCUGUCAACUUGGUCGACCGAUUCUUCAGCAACUCAAAAAAAAAUUACCAGAGGUCUCCAGCUAGUUACUUGCGCUGCGGCUUUUGGUCGCUGCUAAGUUUGAGGUAGGGGAUCUUGAUGCGUUUCUACUUGGCUAACUGUAUUGUUUUAGGAGCGAAGUGCCCCACUUAUCGACGAUCUGA